UCCCUAAUAAUUAUUUAAUGGAAGCGGAAAACAUAUCUCCUGCUCAACAUAGAGAUCAGGACUACGAUUAUAACGAGAGGAUUGAUUCCCAAGAAGAGCCUGAAGCAGAAUCCUUAAUAAAUAACAACAGCAGAGAGGGUCAACCUCAGAACAGAGAAGGUCCUGGAUUCUUUGGAAUAAUUUUCGGCUACACCAUUUAUCCAAUAGGUAGAGGAAUAAAAUACAUCAUUCCUGAUUUUAUUAAGCGAGGGUUAUGUGGCAUGUUCGGGAGUGAUUACCCCAGCGAGAAAUUUUAUGAAGAUUUGAAGGAGAAUGAUAUUAUUUCUGAUGAUCGAGCAAAUAGAAGACAUUUAGCAAUUCACUGGGAAAAAACUACUUUCAGAAAUGCUGUAUUUAAUGCAUAUGCCAACAGAAAGCCGAUCUUGUUUAUCAUGGCAGACUUAAUGACGGAUGACUCCAAAGAUAUCCUUAAAGCAGUAUUUCAUGACGAAGAUACCUUGAAAAUUAUUAGCGAAAACUAUUUCGUCUUUGGAAUAGAAUCUGGAAACCCUGAAGCAAAUGCCCUUUCAUUGGAAUUCAAUAUCAGAGAAAUCCCUCAUUUUGGAGUUAUAAUGGCGAAGUCUGAUUCAGAUUAUGAUGUUGUAGAAAGUUUUGCUGACGACAACGUUGAUCUCGAGAGAUUCAGAGAUUUCCUACUCAGUUCCUUCGGGACUUUCAAGGUUCUUCUAGAAGUUUUACUGAGCAGCUUUGAUCAUCAACCAACAGGCCCUGAUAUUUACCAAGAUGACAGAUUUAUUGAUUUCAAACAAGAAGAAGAUAGAAUGAUCAGAGAACAACAAAAGAGAGAGAUAAGACUUGUGAAAAGAAAGGAAGAGGAGGAGAAAGAAAGAAGAAAGCAGGAAGAGAAACUCCAGAAAGAGCAAGAGGCUGCUCAACUUGAGAUUAUUGCUAAAGAAUUAGCAGAGAAAAAGAAGAAUGAGCUACCACCAGAACCAGAAGAAGGAACUACUAUUAAGUUUAGAGAGCCAGAGAAUGGAAAUUCUUUUGUUAGAAAAUUUAAUCCUACAGACACUGUGAGCAUUCUUUAUGAUUUCGUGCAAUCAAGGUUAGAUGAGAUUGAGUUUGAAUCAGAUACUCUCAUAUUUGAGAUUGGAGUGAUUGAGAAUAGAUUUAGAGUAUUAGACAAUAGAGAAAGAACUCUUGAAGAAGAAGGCUUAUGCCCUACGGCUACCUUGCAUAUUAGAGAAAUUGAAGCAGAAGAAGAGGAUAGUGAAGAAACUGAAUAAGAAUCUUAUUGUUUACAAAUUUCAUUAACUUAA